UGGAUGAGGCUCACAGGCAGCUCCGCCUUCGAUUAGUCGGCCUGACGGACGGUGCUGUUGCCAGAAGCAGCAGCAGCAGCAGCAGCGUCCGACGCGGAUCGUCCGGAGGUGAGGACUAGCAGGAACGCCAUCCACCAUUUCAGCUUUGUAGGUGCAAAAACGACGGAAUAUAUGAAUUGAGUUGUCGUUUGUGGGGAGUUUGUGGAGUACUUUGUGUAGGGGCCGAUAACAACAGCGAGCUCGUCUGCCCGCUGUGCUGCUCUCUGCCCCCGGCCAGCCACUCGGGAGUUAGCCCGCCACCCUCCCGUACAACUCCAGCAGCAGCAGCAGCAGCAGCCAGGCUGUGCUUUACAAAGCAUGGCGCUCCGGGCUAGAGCCAUUUACGACUUUACCUCCGAGAAUCCCGGCGAGGUUUCUGUACGGGAGAACGAGAUAGUAAGUUUGUACAGCGAGAAGGACAUCGAUGGCUGGCUGGAGGGCACCAACAGCAAAGGUGAGAGGGGUCUUUUCCCGGCGUCCUAUGUGGAGAUCCUGAGGAGCGACAACAAUAACACAUCUGGGGACACGUACCCGCAGUCGCGCUAUGCCAAUGUGCCGUCCACAGGUUUUGACGGCUCUUUUAAGACCACAGUGGACAAUGUGCCCAAAGCUGUCAACGCACCACAGCAGAUCUACCAGCAGCCCAGUGAUGAUGACUGGGAUGACGACUGGGACGAUAGCUCCACUGUGGCAGACGAGCCAGGCACACUUGGAAGUAGGUACUUUGAAGGAAAUGGACCGUCCACUUACAGGGUGUCUACCACCUCCAUGUCAAGAGGUCAGGCCCCGAAAAGCUCCGCGACAGUCAGCAGGAACUUAAACCGCUUCUCCACUUUUGUCAAAUCCGGCGGUGAGGCCUUUGUUCUCGGCGAGGCAGCAGGUUUCGUAAAAGAUGGGGAUAAGAUCUGCGUGGUGAUGGGACAGUAUGGUCCGGAGUGGCAGGAGAACCCGUACCCGUUCACCUGCGCCAUCGACGACCCCACAAAGCAGACCAAGUUUAAAGGGAUGAAGAGCUACAUCUCCUAUAAGCUGACCCCCACACACACUCAGAACCAGGUGAAUAGACGCUACAAGCACUUCGACUGGUUGUACGCCCGCCUGGUGGAGAAGUUCCCCGUCAUCUCAGUGCCUCACAUACCAGAGAAGCAAGCCACUGGACGCUUUGAGGAGGACUUCAUCUCCAAGAGAAGAAAAGGUCUCAUCUGGUGGAUGAACCACAUGACCAGCCACCCCGUCCUGGCCCGCUGUGACGUCUUCCAGCACUUCCUCACCUGCAGCUGCACGGACGAGAAGGCCUGGAAGCUAGGUAAGAGGAAGGCCGAGAAGGACGAGAUGGUGGGCGCCAACUUCUUUCUCACUAUCAGCACACCGGCCUCACCGCUCGACUUCCAAGAAGUGGAGAGCAAAAUAGACGGCUUCAAGGCGUUCACCAAGAGGAUGGAUGACAGCGCUCUGCAGCUCAACGCCACCGUUGGAGAAUUCGCCCGCAAGCAGAUAAGCGGCUUCAAGAAGGAAUAUCAAAAGAUGGGCAUGUCCUUCAAGGUGCUCAGCCAGGCCUUUGAGAUGGACCAGCAGGCCUACUCAGCUGGACUCAACCAGGCUAUUUCAUUCACUGGGGACGCGUUUGAAUCCAUUGGAGACUUUUUUGCAGAGCAGCCCAACAAGGACCUAGACCCCAUCAUGGAUUUGUUAGCGCUUUAUCAGGGACACCUCGCCAACUACCCAGACAUCAUCCACGUACAAAAAGGAGCCCUGACCAAGGUGAAGGAGAGUCAGCGGCACGUGGAGGAAGGCAAGAUGGAGGCGGCGCAGGCGGAGGAAAUCAACGAGCGUUGCAACAUUAUCUCGUGCGCCACGCUGGCAGAGAUCCAGCACUUCCAUCAGAUCCGCGUGCGGGACUUCCGGGCACAGAUGCAGCACUACCUGCAGGAGCAGAUCGCCUUCUUCCAAAAGAUCACAGGCAAGCUGGAGGAGGCGCUGCACAAGUACGACGUAGCAUAGCAGCAUCUGCCGCUUUGCUACAGGACGUUAUGACCUCUGUGACCCCCUGGUGAACCCAACCCUGCUACCUAGAAUGUAGCCAGUGGAGCUUCGACGGGUUCGAGGAGAACAAAUCCAAGGCUUCAUCACAUUUUUUGAAUGUCUAAUGCAAAAAGCUUCAGCAUCAAUCUGCUGCACCAGGAAGCAAGCAUGACUGCAUUUAUCACGUUUGUAUUAGCCUUAAUGUUUUUUUUUUUUUUUUUUUUAAAGGGACAGUGUCCUCAGGAGCAGCUACCGUCUUGCUGUGCCUUCUCCUUUUCUUACUGAAAGCUUUAUAUACAGUAUGUAGAAAUAUAUUUGUUUUUACAAAGCAUUUAAUUGUCUUUGGACUAGAAAACUGUUCGUUGGAAGGCUGAGGAGAAAAGCAUGGGUUUUGUUGUUUUUUUAAUACAAGCUUGCAAGACGUCAAACGGACACUUUUUUGUACCUAAAUCUUGAUUUUUGUCUCCCAUGAAAUGUUUAUGAACGCAGUCUUUCUGAUGAUGCACACUUGUUACUGCUGUUUUUAACGCCAAUCAUGUUGGUUGCAUGACGUGAAGCAGAAAUAAAUUGCUCCUUCACAUAAAAAGGUCUGUUUUAUAUUGGCUUGAAAAUAUUUGGGCGACAUUUUUAGAAAUGCGCUGGAAAGCCCCUGUGGUUAUGAAAUAAGCGGAGUCAUGUUCAAAAUAGUAAGUGUUGCGAGAGUUCAUAUUGAGCAUUUAGAUUGCUUUAAUAGUUAACUUUAGUUAACUAAAACCACCACAUUCUUGGGCGGGGGUGUCUAUUUUGUAUCACUCAUCUUUAUGCUGGAGGUGACAAAGCAAAGCAGUGUAAUAUCUAAUAAUAUAUCUCAUUGGUCAUUUUAGUUUUUAGAAUAAGCCCAGGGCCAAUUAAAGAUGACAUUUUGUGACAUCAUUUUUAUUUUUAAGCCAUUAUUGCUGUGAUGACAAUUCGGUACAGUUAUGGAAAACCACAUCAAACCACCCUUGUUUCUUCAGUUUCUUCUUCAGU